UGUUAUUUCUUCAUAUACACAAAUUUACCAAAAUUUCAAUGUCAAACUCGUUGUUGUUGUUGUUGUUGUCGAGCCGGUGUAAUAUGUGAAUGAAUAGAUUCGCUCAUUUUUGUACGGGGUCAAAGUGCGGAAAGGUGCAUUACAAGUAUAGGUUUUGAAAUCUUAAGUAAUAAUGGAGAUGUUACUGGCUGCAGCUGUUGUUGUAAUCAUUGGAGUGAUUCUUUUUAAAUACCUUGACUGUGAUCUCACUUUACUGUGGAAUAUCAAAUUUGGUAAACAGUCCAGUGAUUUAGUUGGUAAGGUGGUAUGGAUUACAGGAUGCUCUAGUGGUAUUGGUGAAGCUCUCGCAUACGAAUUUGCAUCUGCUGGUUGUCGUCUGGUUCUUUCUGCAAGACGGGAAAAUUUACUCAAUAAAGUGAAACAGAAAUGUAUAGAAACUUCUAGAGGAGCAUUGACAUCUGAUGACAUUCUUGUACAACCACUGGAUCUCCUUGACUACAAUUCACAUCCAUCAGUAACAGAAACUGUCUUCAAAUAUUUCAAAAAGGUUGAUAUUUUGGUGAACAAUGCAGGUCGGUCUCAGAGGGGUCUUAUUGUUGAAACUGCACUGGAGGUUGACCGGCAAGUGUUUGACCUUGACCUACUUGCACCAAUAUCUGUUACCAAGGCAAUUCUUCCAUAUAUGAUAAAACAAGGUGGAGGUCACAUUAUGUGUACAAGUAGUGUGGCAGGAAAACUUGGUGCCCCAGGGUCUGCAAGUUACACUGCUGCUAAACAUGGAAUUCAGGGAUUUUUUGACACACUGCGUAUAGAAUGUGCUCCAGACAGUAUAUCAAUCACAAUGGCGUGUCCAGGACCUGUAUUUUCUGAAGCUCUAGUACACGCCUUUACAUCAGAACCCAAUAAGAAAUUGAAUGUUGAAAUGAAGAAGUCCUGGAACAGAAUGACGGCUGAACGAUGUGCGUAUCUUAUGGGAGUGGCUGCAGCAAAUAAAUUACAUGAAGUUUGGUUGACUCCUAAUCCAGAAUUAUUUUACUGUUAUCUGUUCCAGUAUAUACCAUACUUUGCUAAAAAAAUUGCAGUAAAACUUGGUCAAGGUAGAGCCAAUAAAGUUAAAGCAGGAAUAGCGGAUUUACAUUGAAACUACAACACUGGUUCUAGGAUAUAUAAAUGUGAUAUUAUAGUCUGUGAUAAGCUUCAUAUCAUAAAUGUGUUCUUAAAUUCAUACCCGACAUGUUUCAAGUGUGUUAUACAGGGAUUCUUUGUACAAUCUUCAUUCAUCAUAUAUGAAUCUGAUUUUAAGAAAGUUUUGAAAUUAUUAACUAUUAUUUUUUCUGUUUAUAAAAAUUAUUGAAAUACAAUGUAUAGUGACUAAGUAAUUUGGUAUUACCAUAGGUAUGAAUAUUCAGUCUAAGAAAGUGAGAACUUGUUCAUUUUUGGUGAUUAAAAUCUGAUCAUGAAAUAAAGAGCACAACCUGUGAAAUUUCAUAGAUAAAUUCAUCUAGUACUAUAACAUUAUUUAAUAAAUAAAAUAAAAUUUGA